UCUGUCAAUCCGUGUGUAUAGGUGCCAUGGUAGAAUGUGACUGUACGUAAUUGACAAGCUGAUAUUUUAGGCCAUGGAGGUCCAAGAAAGAGAAAGAUCAAGACAUCGGAAGACCACUUCUUCCAGUCACAGAUACCCACGUGAAAUACAAAAGGACAAUGACUAUGAGUUUGACUUCAAUGAUAUCAGUCGAGCAUCAACUCCAACCAGUACUUUCAGCUCAAAGUCAGAAGGUCGUAAACGGGAUAAAGAACACAAGUAUUCCUCAGAUGACUACAGACGUAAAAUUGCACGUCUCAAAAGUGAGUUAGAUUUGGAAAAGGCUAAAAACAAGAAAGUUCACAAAGAAAAGUCAACAGAACUCAGGGAAUUGAGGGAAUCUUAUGAAGUUAAAAAACAUUCUGAAAUUAAUGAACUAGAGCAUAAAAUGAAGAAAAGAUUGGAAAAGGAAAAAAGACACAUGGAAGAGGACUUGAGGACUUUGAUAAUGGAAGAAAAGGAUAAAGAAAUGAAAGAGGUGCUAAAAUACAAGGAAGAUGAAAUGAAAGAACUUAAGAAAAAAUAUAGAAGCGAAAAAGAAAGUGCCAUAAAGUAUGCAUUAGAUAAUGAAAAAUUUAUAGUACAAGAGAAGGAAAAACAAAUGAAUGAAGAAAUGGAAAAAUUAAGAAAAGAAAAAGAAAGGUUAGAAGAAGAAUAUAAGAAAAAAAUUGCAGAAGAGGCUAAGAAAGAUAAAGAAUUUACUAAAAUAAAAGAUGAAUAUGAUGCUGAAUUAAGACGUAUUCUUGGUGAGUCUAAAAAGCUUGCUUUAGGAAAUUUAGAGAAGUUAAAGAAAGCUGAACAAGCAUUAAGUGAACACUGUGGAGAAUCAGAUGAUGAAUUCAAUGAGCUGGAAUUUAAUGAAUUAAUGUCAGAAAUACAACAAAUGCAGAGCCAAACCUCAAGUCGAGCUGUUAGUAGAUCUGUAUCUACAACUAGUGAACUUAAAUUUGAUGAGCUUAAUAUGCAUUUAAAUAACUUAUUGGCUUCCCCUGCUGUUACCCCUGGACCCCUGAGUCAAUCAGUGACUCCUGGUCCAGGAGGUCAAGGUCAAUCUUUGACCCCUGGACCUUUAGGACAAGGUGAAGAAAUGGAAGGACUGUCUCCCUUGACAAUAAAAGGAAUAUCAGCAGAUGGGAAAAUAAGGUCAUCUUCAGCCAUGAGUGAACCUGCUAGGGAACUAUUUAAUCGUAAACAAGAAGAGAGGGAUCGUCAGUUACAAAAGAAAGUCACAGAACUACAGACACAGACCCAGAGAUUGGAGCGUAAAAUUGCUCUCAUUAAAACUGAAAAUGAAACACUUAAACGCAAGCAAGAUGAUAAAAAACCACUGGAAGAAAAGAUUAAAACAUUAAAAAAACGUAAUGCUGAGCUUGCUGCUAUUGCACGACGGCUGGAAGAGAAGGCCAAACAUUUACAACAAGAAAAUAUGAAGAAAGCCAAGGAGAUGGCAGCCGGGAGCCAGCUUGCAAGUGGGGUACACGGAACUGACCAGAUGAAGAAAAUGUUUGCACGCCAGAGAGCAAAAGAUCUAGCUGAACAUGCCAAGCAAAUGCUAGCCAAGGAUCGUGAAAUUGAAGAACUCCGGAAAAAAUGUCAAGAACUGGCAGACCAACUAAGCAAUGCUGAUUUUCUUGGACCUGAGAAUUCUGAGAUGUAUGAGGAGAAAGAGGAACUGGUGUCAAUCAUAAAACAAGCUGCUAAAGAACGGCUUCAGAUGGAACGUCAGUUAGCAAUUGCCAAACCAGGACCUCGCUUGAUUCAUAAAGGAAAGGUUAAAAGAAAGGAUUGUAAAGUAGUGAGUGCAGAGAGAUAUAAGGAAUUAGAGGAGACCAAUGAAACUCUGAAGAAAGAGAUACAGAAGCUAGAACGUGCUCAAAGUGAUACAGACAGACUUGAAAUAGAACUGACACAGAAGAAAUUAGAGUGUGAAAGACUGACUAGAGAUAUCGAAGAGCAAAGAGAAAUCUCUAAAACUCUU